UUUGAUCACAACAUCGGCAAAAAAAAAGUUCAUUAUUGGAACUUGGAACCGUGAAGAUAAAUAAAAAACAGUAGGAAAACAAUAGAAGCAGAGGAUCUAGCGCUUACUAGUUUUAAAAAAAAACUCUUAUCAAUAUCAUCAUCCCAUCACCGGAAAAUCAAACCAAAAUAUGUUCACGAACGAUAAACGUCAAGAAGAGAGAACAGGCAAAUACGGAACUUCCAGACAACAAUACCUCCAACAAUUAGUUACCCAGUUCCAAAAUCCCACAACAUCCGAAGAAACCAAGGAAAAAACCGUAGCAAAUUUAGCCAACUUCGCUUACGAUCCUUACAAUUUCGCCAUUCUUCGAGAUCUCAACAUUUUGGAGCUUUUUCUCGACUGUCUCACUGAGCCUAACGAGCGUCUCAUUGAGUUCGGCGCCGGCGGAAUCUGCAACGCCGUCGCCGACCCACAAAAUGCGAAGAUUGUUUUUGAUUGCGACGGAGUUACGGCGUUAAUUGGGUGUCUUUCUAGUCCUGUGCGAAAUACCGUCAAGUAUGCGAUUACGGGUUUGUUCUAUCUAUGGGAGUGCGGGGGGAAUGAGGUGAGAGAAAGUUUGAAGGCGAAAGACAAUGUUGUUGAACUGAUAAUGAAUUAUUCUCAGGUUGAUGGGUUUGCUCAUCUUGCUACUGCUUUGUUGGACAAGAUUUUGCAAACAUGAAUGAAUGAAUGUAUCAUGUAUGAAUGUGAAUUCAAGAGUUUUCAAGUGAUUUGAAUGGUUUUGUUUUGGGAUUAUUUAAUGGGUUGAUAUAGAGCUCAACUUUGGAACUUUGAAGGAAUUAUGAGAAUUUGUAUUAAUGUGAUAUGUUGUUUUGAUUGAUUGUGUAUA